CUUCUUCCUCCGAUCUUCUGGUUGAUGAGUUUCGAGUUCCAACAGCAGCUAAGAGGAGUUGAUCGACAAUGUUUUACUCGCAUCAGCUUCUGGCUCGCAAGGCUCCUCUCGGCCAAAUUUGGAUGGCUGCAACAAUGCACGCAAAGAUCAAUAGGAGAAAGCUCGAUAAGCUGAACAUAAUCAAAAUUUGUGAGGAGAUUUUGAAUCCUUCGGUUCCAAUGGCUCUCAGACUCUCAGGGAUUCUCAUGGGCGGUGUUGUCAUUGUCUAUGAACGAAAAGUUAAAAUUCUUUACGAGGAUGUAACUCGGCUUCUGGUUGAGAUAAACGAAGCGUGGAAGGUGAAAGCAGCUCCAGAGCCCACCGUCAUUCCCAAAGGAAAAUCUGUGGCCAAGAAGGAGGCUGUUACUCGGCCUAAAAAGGAUCCGAAAGACGUGGGAGAUCAUGAGGCACAGUCCAUUAACUUCUCCUACAACACCUCUCCAAUGAAGUUCCAACAAACUGCAUUUUUUACUAUGCGGCUUGACAGUGUGGAUGAACCAUAUAUCCACGAGAAAACAGUGGAAGACGAUGCGUCACAUAACUUCCAUCAAACUGAUGCUGAAAAUAUAACCUUACUCGAGCGUUUUGAUAUGUAUCAAUCAAAUACAAAUGCAUUCAAUCGGUUUGAAAGAUUUGAUAUUGAAGAUGAUGAGGAUACACAACCGAAUUUUGCUUCUGUAGAUCAAACAAAAAUUCCAGAUACUUUUGGAACUUCCCCUCCUCAAGACAAGUAUCAAGAAGGGCCUCCUGAUGCUGAAGUCCAGGACCAACAUCUUGAACGCGAUGUCAUUCAGCAAGCCUACGUAUCCAAGGAGCACAGACAGGAGGAGCAGGUGGCAAUAAAAAGGAAAACAAAAAGAACAGCAGCCUUUCUGAUGGACUAUGAAAAGACCAUCAUUCCUGGACACAUAUACCAAUCUUGGCUGAAAGAUGUUUCGGAUCUUAUCUCUAGAAGGGGAAAAAAGAGAAAGCGGACAGGUGCAAUGUCCUCUAUGAAGAUAGCCACUCUCAUGGAUCUUCCUCCUGUGGUGUUAUGUGGUCGCUUAUUCACAGAUGGAAGUAGAGAAGUCUAUUAUCCAGCUCCUCUGCUAGAGUUAUGGAUGAAAAGUAUCCGAGACCCCCCUGACUCACCUUCUGUGAGGAACUCUGCACCCUUACCUCCUGAACCAUCACUGUCUUCACUGCCAGAGAGAGUAAACUUUCCAGAUCACAUGGAUUUUGCUUAUGAAAAUCGUUACAGUGGAGUUGGUUCCCAGUCAUUUGGAGCUUCCAUAGAGAAGCUAAGGACCAAACCAGUCAACGAUGAUAUUCACGCCGAGAUCCUUCUGGAAGAACUCAGACCGGACUUCAGGAACAAUCUUAUGGGGAUGGCUGAAAGAAAUCAAGUGGUUACACCUGGAAAUUCCGGAAUUGGAGUGAGGUCAGUUUCCAGCUCAGCAUCUGAACAUGGUGUGUUUGUAUCUAAUCCAGAGACCAAUUCUGUACGAUCCAACAAGAAAAGGCCUUAUUCUUCAUCAAGACAAAGUAGCGGAGGCCUCGAACCUGUAGCUGAGGAGAAUCCAUGGCAUCACUCUGAUCCAAACUUCAAGUUAGCGAGGUUGUCUGAAAAUGAUCCAGAUUUAUUGGUAGAAACUGCACCGACACAAACUCAAGUUACUCAACCCGCCAUCAAGCAUCCUCCUGCUGACAAGAUAACUAAUUCCAUUCGCAUGCAAAUGAAGGCACAUUUUGAUACGCCAGGAGCCCCGCCAGCAGAAUCUUUAAACAACUUGGCCGCUGGAAUGAACCCCAAAGCAGCUGCUAUGCUCUUCUACCAGACUUGCGUUCUGGCUUCAAGUGAUUACUUAAAAGUCAAUCAACAAGUUCCUUUUGGGGACAUUUUCAUCUCCAAAGGAACAAAAAUGUAACAUGAAUGAGGUCAGUAUCUUAAACUUACUAGAACCACCAUCACACACACGUUCUGACUAGAAUAGCAUCUUGUUUUCCAUCUUUAGAACAAAGAAUGGUUGGAUUUAUAGCCUUAAAUUUGAGAAUUGCAUAAGUAGAUUAUCCUUUGCUAGCUAGUGCAAUGAAAUCUACUGUCAUUGCUUUAAUUUCUUUCUUACUGCCAAGUCUAGGAUGCAUCUAGAUUAGAUUAAUGUCACAGUAAUUCUAUUUUACAUUACUCCGUUCUACUUAGAUUAUAAGGUAUGGUAUUUUCGGAG